CAUAGUUACCUAAAAAAUCAGGCAGCCGCAUUUCACGGCCAACCCAACAUUAAAAGGGUUACAACUUUGAAACAAAAUUCCAGUUAAAUUUAAACCACCGAUUUUACAAUAUGACAAAUAAUUUCAACGUUUCGGAGGUGGUGGAAAUUCUUUGUAGUGAUGCAUACCUUGCCCAAGAAAUUGAAAAGUUUGCCGACUUGCUAGACCUUAGACCAAGCGACAGGAUAACUUCAAGAGCUCAAUGCACUAUGGGAACGAUUACACUGACACAGUACCUCACUAUUUUGCUACAACAAUGGGUCGGACGCUCAGGGAACGAUGCAACCGUGCCUAACUUGAUUGAAAUUCUUAAAAAUGGGGAAUUCAUCAAUGCCGCGGAUCAACUUAGCGCCUGUUUAGGUCAAAGCGAGGCAUCAAGCUAUGACGAUGAUCUACCUCCUUCAACGAGGCUCUACGUUGGACGAUCAGAACAAGAAAAGGAUAUCGUUAAGUACAAGGAAAACUCAAAUAUCUGCAUCAUUCACGGACCAGACGGGAUUGGAAAGACCCAAUUCGUCCUAAAAACAUUCAAGGAACGCACUAACUUUCAAUUUUUUCGUGGCGAUAGUAUCACCAACUUGAGAAUGUCGUUGGAAAAUCGGGCCAAAAGACUUGGAUAUAACAUUUCCGAGCAGGGUGGUAUUAAAAAAUCGUUAACCGAUUUAUUCAAGUACGUUUCUCGAAAGGAGAACAGAGCUGGUUUAGGAUUAGUAACGGUUAUCGAUGAAUUGAACCUGCGUCGUAAGGAAACUACUGAACUGAAGGAGGAAAUUGCUAAUUUCAUAAAGAUCUGUUCCACCGGUACUAAGCACUUCCUUGUCAUCACAUCGAUAAGGAGAGACGUAAUAUGCCUAAAAGGUUUUGAAGCAAUUGGCUCGAGGUUUCUGAAAUUACCUAUUUUUGAAAAUGACGAAGCCGACGAAUAUGUGCGAAAGAAUUUUGAACACGAAGCUGAGAAUAAUAUUAGGGAACUAAACAGGGAAUUAGGGAAUUAUCCACUUGCAAUUCAUCAAGCAGUUGAAACGAUUAAGGGCAAUGACAUUACAAUCGAGACAUUCUUGGCUGACUAUAAAAGCGAAGGGUUAUCGAUUGACAAGCCAUCUGAAAGUAAUUUUAAGACAUCUAUGCUUUCCAUUAUGAGAAUGACCAUGUCGAAAAUUGUUCAUGAAUCAAACGGUUUGAUGGCAGUACAAGUUUUGCAACUUCUGGCCUUCAUGGAAAGCGGUCGCACAUUAUUACUAGAUUUGAAAGCAAUUUCGUGCUAUUGGCAUGAAGUUGACUCCACGCAUGUAGAGCAUUGCAUUCAACUGCUUUCAAAUUUUUCUUGUAUCGAUCAAGAUUCCGACAAAAGAAGUGUGUCGAUACACCGCGUCAUCCAAAAGGUUGUCCGAUUAAAUUUGCGGAAAUAUCAGGGAAAUGGCAUAAAUAUGGAGGCAUUACACCUUAAACAAUUUUUCCACAAAUUACUUUCCAAACAUAAAGAAAAUAUUCCAUUUAUACAAGAGUCCUCACAAAGUAGACUCACACAAUUGGCUCGAAUGUGGACUUUAUUUUCAUACAAAUAUCUUACCACAAAUCAUGAGUUACACGAGAUACCAAAUCUGAUAUAUUCCGCAUAUGUGAAGCUGGGGCUUUUCUCGUAUGCAAAGUCGUUCAUUUUUCAACAAAAAAAAAAUUUUACGAAAGAUUUAGGCGAUAAUAUCAUAAGUACAGUAGAUAUUGCUAAAAACUGCGCCAUUGCUAUGCGGAAUUUAGGAGAUUAUCUCACGGCGGAAAAAUUAUUUCGGGGUGUCCUGAUCGAUGAGAUAAAACUUAAAGGCGGCGACCAUGAAGAAACAUUGGACACCGAACACUGGAUCGUGUCAAUGUUAUUUAGGCAAAAACGGUACAACGAGGCGGAAAGUGCGGCCAAACACCUAAUCACUAAAUGUCAAAACAGCAAGUACGAAAAGCUUGAAAUGAAGGUUAUACAAGUGUUAGCAUUUAUUACUGGCGCGAAAGGUGACCACUCGGGCAGUCUGGAGAAGCAUACAAAAGUGUGGAAUUGGCGAAAAAAAGAGCUUACGAGUCGGCAUAAAGAAACAGUUGCAUCAUUGCAUAAUAUAGCACAGUGCAUGUACGAGCAGGGCAAGUAUGACGACGCAUUCAACAUCUUUACUAAGAUUGUGACAGAAUUUCUCGGAUUACGAGCAGAUUCUGACGAUUUGAGAUCUAGAUAUUGGCUAGUUAUGUGUGAAUAUCGAAAGGCUUUCUUCGAUCCAAUUGCGACGUCAAAGCGUUGUGUUGGAAACUUGGACAGCAUUAUAAAAAGCCUGAAAGAAUUAGGAUGGGAUGACCGGCACCCAGACCUUGACGAGGCUCUAAAGAGCAGACGCAUGAUUAUGGAACAGAUAAAUGCAAUGGGUCUACAGGGUAGUUCGUCUGUAUCCAGUGAGCUAUCGAACGUUCCUCCGUUGCAUGUCGAGCCACACGUUGUUCUGGACGUUGACGACAACGUUCAUAUCAACGGUGAUGUUGAACAAGGUGGCAGUUGUUUCUCAAAUCGAAGAUGUUCUUGGGCAUGGUUGACAUUGCUUGUCGUUUUCCUCUUGUUGUUGGUCUGUAUAAGUUUGUGUCUGUUCUUUUUCGUUUUCAAAUGACCAAAAAGAGCACAAAACAAAUUUCUUGAACCCAAGCACACGUACGGCGACUUAAAAAAUUAAUACUUUUUAGCUUUGGCGACUAAUUUUUUAAUUCCCGCGACUUCGCUUGCGCAUUCAGUACUAUUGAUUCUAUAGAAGGACCACGUAUGAUACACUCUAAAUCAUUUCUUCCUUAAAAGAUUAUUAUAAUUUUAAUUUCAUUAAACACAAAAUAGCUUAUGACUUCCUUGAUGCAUAAUUACUUUUAAGCAAAAAGUUCUCAAAGGAUACACACUUGCAAAUUUGAGAAGUGAACAAAUUGAAACUUUUUAGCGAUUAAUUACACAAAAUUUGAAGAUCAGUUUAUCAAUUACUGCUUAAUAGUUUACUGAUGUAAUUUUAAAUUAGCUAAUAAAAACUUCUAAACUAUACUUCCUAAACCACAAAAUAUAUUUAGUCCUACUUUACAAUUAGAAUAUAUAUAGAAUACGAAAUUUACUGACUAAUUUUGUGCAACAAUAACAGGAAAAAUAAACCGUUGUAACGUUAGAA